UGGAGAUGCAGGGCUCUUUAUAAUGCACAUAAAGGGGGGAAACAAAGAGAGCUAACCAGAACAUGUUCAGCCGGUCAGGAUACCAAGCGUUGCCAUUAGGAGACACUGACCAGUACCGGCAAUCGUGCAACUGGCCAGAUGAACCUCGGAAGGCUUUCUUUCCACCUGGGCGCACAUGGAGCGCACUGAAGCUGAUGCAGAAGGGAGCAGAUCCCCCUCAAGAGUGCUUGUCAUGGAUUUGCCAUGGGGUGGUCACGACUUUUGUGUUCCUGGUCACAAUCCUACUCUUCCCCAUCUCGGGCUGGUUUGUUCUGAAGAUAGUGCCUACUUACGAGCGGAUGAUCGUGUUCCGUCUGGGGCGGAUCCGAGCCCCCCAAGGCCCGGGGGUGGUUUUGGUGCUGCCCUUUAUUGAUCACUGGCAGCUGGUGGACCUCCGGACACGGGCUUUCAGCAUCCCGCCAUGCAAGCUGAUGUCUCGGGAUGGAGCGUGGGUCUCUGUGGGGGCUGAUGUCCAGUUCCGUGUUUGGGAUCCGCUGCUGUCAGUCAUGAUGGUGAAAGAUCUCAACAUUGCCACGCGGAUGACCGCCCAGAAUGCCAUGACCAAGAUUGUGCUUAAGAAGUACCUGCGGGAGAUUCAAACAGAGAAGCUGCGGAUUGCAGACCAGCUCCUGGUGGAAAUCAAUGACAUCACCAAGUCUUGGGGCCUUGAGGUGGACAGGGUGGAACUGAUCCUGGGAAGCGUCCUCCAGGCAUCCCAGGAGAAUGUCCCAGUCCCACAGGCGCAAGGCUCAAGGCCUCCAAUCCCAGGAUUGGAAGGGCUGGACAGCACCAUUCAGCUGCUGGCUCUCCAGUUCUUUGACAAGACCCUGUCGGCUGCGGCCAGUGGCCCAUCUAGUCCAGCACCCUCUGAUCAUGUGGAGGUGGAGAACGAGAUGGAGGAGCCACCGCACGCUGUCCACACAGAGCCAGGCGGCAGCAUUGAAGGAAGGAGGUUCAAAGCCGAGGAGCAUCUCUCCGUGUUGGAGCGGGGCCUGUCCGAAUCCUUAGUUAACCAGGUCAAGGCUUGCUACCAGAUCAAUGUCCUGCUGGCCGGCGGAGCAAAGGCUACAUACUUCAUUGAUCUCUCUGCAGGACGUGGGCGAAUAGGCCCUGGGCCGCCCGACCACAGUCCCGACGUGGUUUUGGAGGUGUCUGAGAGUGACCUAGAGGCCUUCAUUCUGGGGGAGCUCCAUCCUUUGAACGCCUACGUCUGCGGGAGGCUUCAGGUCCAUGGAGACCUGAGUGUGGCCCUCAAGCUGGAAGAGCUCUUCAAAGUGAUGAAGCAAAGAAGAUGAACAAGAGGAGGGAUCCUUCAGUUUGCUGCCUAAGGGCUAAUUCUGUCCUCAGGAAGCCAGCUUAACCUAGGGGGCGGGAAGGUGUUGCUUAGCAACCAGGCAGAGUGGCAUGAUGCUUACUGGCAUAGCAGUUCUGAGGGAGUUUUUAACCCUGUAUAUUAGUUAAGCGUCUCCCUGCCUCAACUAAGAAAGACACAGCCUCUCUUCCUUUCUCCACAGAUGAUACCCAGGUUUUUCUCAGUUUGCUCAGUAAAUUGUCAUCAAGACUUU